AUGAAGGUCAUUGCAAUCAUCGCCGCCCUCGUCAGUGUUGGAUCAGCUAUCGCUAUCCCAUACGAGCAGAGAUGUCAACAAGCAAGUCAAGCUGGCUUGAUUCUUAUCGAUUGCAGAUCACAGACCAUUCUCUGCAAGGGCCUGGGAAGCUUGUCCCACUUUUCCUGCGGUGGCUAG